GUCACAUGCAGCUGGAAGUGGCAGCGCUCUGGGUCUGGGCUGCUUGUUCAGGGAGCUGACCUAUCGAUGACAGCAUUCAUGUGAUUAAAUUCUUCCCCCCCCUCAGCUGAUCAGUCCCGGAAGCGUUCCGCUGUGUAACAUAUGUCACCUUGCCCUGCGGUUGGCUACAUGAUGCAUUGUUUCCAUGUAAUUUGUUACAUCAUCCGGGCCGGAUGGAGACUGGAGUAGUUUUAAACCGGGAGCCCUCAAUCCCGGACUCCCCAAGACCAUUCCCCGGGCCGCAUUUACUGAAACCGACAAAGUGAGACCGGGGGCUCCUUGUGGAGUUUACCAGCUCGGGUCCUGGCUUGUUCUGUCGUGUCGUUUUAACACGGAAAUCAACAUCGUUACCGACUGAAUCAUGGCAAGGGCUGCCAUACCUCCAGGAAUCCGCUGUAUUCAGGCGUUUUCCAGAGACAGCUGGUAUCGUGGGUUUACUCUUGUGCUAACCUUCCUGUUUUACUCCAGUUAUCACUUGUCUCGCAAACCCAUCAGCAUUGUCAAGAGUGAACUUCACAAGAACUGUUCAGGAGCUGGUGGCCAUGGAAACACGAGUCACCAUGACAAUGACACAUGGUGUGACUGGGCUCCAUUUGAUAAACCCAACUACAGGAUGUUGUUUGGUGCGCUGGAUAAUUCCUUCCUGAUAGCCUAUGCUAUUGGCAUGUUUUUCAGUGGUAUUUUCGGUGAGCGGCUCCCUCUACGAUAUUACCUGACUGUCGGGAUGUUGCUGAGUGGGUUAUUCACGGCACUGUUUGGGCUUGGAUUUUAUUGGAACAUUCACAGUAUCUGGUACUACACGAUUAUACAGAUCGCCAAUGGUUUAUCACAGACCACAGGGUGGCCAGCUGUUGUUGCUUGCGUCGGGAACUGGUUUGGAAAGGGGAAGAGAGGCUUCAUCAUGGGAAUCUGGAACUCUCACACAUCGGUCGGAAAUAUCUUGGGCUCCUUAAUUGCUGGGAUCUUUGUGUCUUCUGCCUGGGGCUUAUCAUUCAUUGUUCCUGGUGCCAUCAUUGCAGCAAUGGGGAUUGUCUGCUUUCUCUUUCUGGUGGAAUACCCUGAAGAUAUUGGUUGCACCCCUCCCAAACACCAUGACCAAAAGGAGCAGGAGCCAUUGUUACGCCAUGGGAGCACGGAAGAGAUUUUCACCAGCCCGAGUGAUGUCACUGAGAAUGGCAGCAUCGUCUGUCCUGGUGCCCACGCUGAGCAGCCUUCUGCAAUUAGCUUCUUUGGAGCACUCAAAAUUCCCGGUGUGGUUGAGUUCUCACUGUGUUUACUCUUUGCCAAGCUGGUCAGCUAUACGUUCCUGUUUUGGUUGCCACUUUACAUUUCAUCUGUUGUCCAUAUGAAUCCCAAAGCUGCUGGUGACGUUUCAACGCUUUUUGAUGUUGGUGGCAUUUUAGGUGGGAUUCUGGCCGGAAUUAUCUCCGAUUACACAGGCGGGAGGGCUACCACUUGCUGUGUUAUGCUGAUCAUUGCUGCUCCUAUGUUGUUUGUCUACAACUACAUUGGGAAGAAUGGAUUAGCAACAAUUAUAGGAAUGUUAAUAUUCUGUGGUGCACUAGUGAAUGGACCGUAUGCUUUAAUCACAACAGCAGUAGCAGCUGAUCUGGGAACUCACCAGUGUCUUAAAGGGAAUGCUAAGGCUUUAUCAACUGUCACAGCAAUCAUCGAUGGAACAGGUUCAAUUGGUGCUGCAUUGGGCCCACUGCUGGCUGGACUCCUCAGAGACUGGAACAGUGUCUUUUACAUGUUGAUUACAUCUGACAUCUUGGCCUGUCUGCUGUUGAGCAGACUGGUGUACAAGGAAGUUCGAGGUUGGUGUGGAUACCCCAUGCGGCUGAGAAGGUUUAAGGAGUUCUGAUUUAAGAAUGCUCUUCAGAGAAGUUCCUAAAUGAGACCAGGAGACUAUAUUUUUGUGGGUUAAUUUAAUACUUUGGAAGAGGUAUGGAGCUUUGAAGCCAUCGAUGUGUGGGAGUGAGCUCUCUCGAUCCAGUGCAAUGAAGAAUAAUGAGUCUCUUUAAUCUCUCGCAUCCCUCCCAGAGACUAACAUCAGAAAGAGAUUAAAGUCCUCUCAGCUUUGAAACUGUCAAUUAAAUUUUAGACUCUCUAUUGAAGAUUGCCUUCCAAUUGAUGGUGAAAAGGACUUCAUUUGACAACAGAAUCUGUGUCUGAUGUACUGUCUUUUAUUGUUUUAAAAUGUAUACCAUUUGUAUAAUCUUUUGUUUCCCAGCUCAGUGUUUUUAACAAUUAGCUUCAAAAAUCAAACAAGCUUUUGAUUUUCUUUUUUAUUUAUUCAGGGGUUUUUUUUUAUUCAGUCUCUUUCAAUUUUUCCUAUUUGUGCUGCAGCUUGAACCAGUUUAAUUGGCUCUUCGUAAGGAUUGAGAGAGAGAACCUCGCUGUCUCCCUUUCCCACUUGGGAAAAGACUGUGCCUGUCAGCGAAUGCACCAACUUCUUAAUAGUAAUCCUUGUUUUAAAAGGGAAAAUAAAUGUCAAGGGUGUAUGCCGUG